UAACAAAAAAAAAAAAAACUGGAUUGGAAAGGUGGGGGCUACCCUGAUCUUCUGGUCAACGUAUUAAAUUUGAUGGAUCAUCACAGCCCCCUGUACACAUCCCUGAACCCACCAACGUCCUCCACAGUGGAUUUGAAGUGAAGCAAUCAAGAUGUGAUUGAAGUGUAAACUUUAAACUGUAAUUGAAGGCGUUUGACAAAAAUAUUGCACUCUGUUUAGCAAUCACAGCUACUUUUUUGUUGUUGCAGAGUCUCUCCAUUUUCACAGGCUCAAAAUUAAUUGGUCAACCUAAUAUUUAAUCAUAAAUAUUAGGAUUAUAUUUAAUACUUGGGAUGCAAAUCAUUUGCAUUCAAUGACUGCUUGAAAUCUGGUGCCCAUGGACAUCAUCAAAUGCUGAGGUCUUUCUGCCUUCAGAUUUGUCUUCAGUAAAUGACAAGCAUGCUCAGUUCGGUUGAUGUCAUCGGACAGUUAACAAAGUUACAUUUCUUUGCCUUAAGAAGCCCUUGGGUUGUGUUUUGGGUUCUUAUCCAGUGUUACCAUCUUAAGGUAAAUCCUCUGUAUUUACACUCAUGAAGGUGUCUUUUGAUUGUAGACUUGGACAAUAAUGCGCCUACCUCCUCCAGGGUCUUCUUGACUUGGCUACAUACUGUAAAGGCGUUUUUUUUUUCUUCUCUCAAAUGUAAACGUUAUUGUGCUUUUUAUCCAGGAAAAAACACAGCUCUCGGUUUACUUGUACUUGUUUUUAGGGCAGUCUUGCCCGGAUCAAUAUGGCGGACGCGUUGACGUAUAUAUGUCCAUGGUCGCAGCUUUUAUUACGUAACGGAUGGGGAGGGGCUAUAUCAGGCUCAGAUGCUAAACGAAAAAAAAAAACCCUUAACAUGUUGAUUUUAAAUUGUGCAAGCAAAAUUCGGCUCGGUCUGACGUCUUGUUGGGCAUAAAAGGAAACAUUAACAAAAAUAGUAAAAUGUACCAAUUCGUUUUUGUAAUCUUUUUUGGCUAUUGCGCUAAUGCUAGCGCUAGCGCAUUACGUGCGUUUGACGUAAUUCGCCCUCGACAGGGAAACAACAUAUACUUCCGGUUAGUACAAUACCGGAAAUGUGCCAUUUCAGGCGCUACUCAAACCCGGUCUGAGUCUGGCUGAAACGUUUUCUUGAUUUUCUGCAUUCUUGAUUGUGUUUGUUAAUGUCUAUAGAGGUGGGUUGCUUGUCUUUUAGACAGCCAUACGCAGGUCUCGUGUUAAAUGGCGUGAAAUCUUUAGAGACACGUUGGCGCCCCCUGCUGGCGGAGAUGAAGAACUGCACUCUGGCAAUCCACAUUGCACAGAAGGACUGGGAAGGAGAGGAAUGGAGAAAUAUCCUUAGGGAGCAUUUUGCAAUGAGACAGUCUGAAGUAGAAGAGCUUCUGGAAUCCGGGGAAAGAUUUGGGCGUGGUGUUGUGGCAGGUCUUGUGGAUGUUGGGGAAACAUGGUUCUGUUCUGAAGAUGUCCCUCCGGAGCAGUCGAGAGAGCUGGAAAAAGCAGCUUGCCUGACUGGACUUGCCCAAAAAUACCUCACAAGACUGUCCAGUCCACGCUGGCUUACAGAGCCACUGUAUUCAAGAGGCCAUAAAGACAUGUGGAUGAUAAGAAUCCCAGCACAUCUGGUACCUUCAGAUCCUGUGGUUGAGUUAUUAUAGUGACUAUAGUUAUUACUGACAGAUCUGUGAAGGAUUGUACUAUUCGAUGACUAUUCCUUUGUCUGUAACCUUUUCAAAGUCAUGCUUCUUAUUCGCAGACACCAAAUGUUAUUCCUUUACUCGCAAUCAUUUCUUAAUCCCGUCCGCCUCAGUGACACGGCUAGAAAUUAAAUGCACCGUAUGUUUAAGACCAACACUGCUUCGAACAACUUUUAUAUUGAAUGCAGGUGUAAGAGUUUAGGCUAUAUUGGCAAACAUUUCGAUGUAUUAAAGCGGUCACUCUGAGACUUGCAGAUGAGGUGAUUUAAAGAAAUACAAAACACGA